CCACCACAGUUCAUCAUCUCAGGCUGCCUGUCCAUUGGAGCAGAGAAGAGCCCCACGGAGUGUGCGGUCAAGGGCAGCCAGACCAUGAACGUCAUCAGCGCCAUCUUCGCUCUGCUGGGCAUCGUCGCCUUCAUCGUGGACCUCAAUCUCAACGGGCUCUACCGCUCCAGCUUCGACUGCUACAACUAUCUCGUCCUGCUCGCAGGGAAUGGGAUUUCCAUCGUCUUGCUCAUCUUCACCAUCCUGGAGUUCUGCAUCGCCGUGGCCACAGCUAAUUUCUGGUGCCGGGCCACCCGGCUCAGCUCGAACGAG